CACACACUGGGGGAGCAGCGGCCCAGCUGCCACUCAGGUGCCUGAACUUUUACAUUUGUUGCAGCGCGGGAGGAAGGUAACUCAGGUGUGCUUGGAGGACACGCGAAUUCCUUUUCUGUGGGUCUUCAGGUCUUUCUAGGGUGUAAAAACUGUGACUUCAGCCGGCUCUCAACUUUCUACCUCUCCCUGGGGCCCCCACACCUCGCUGCCCUCCCUCCUGGACAAGGUCAGCUGGGACUUUAGAAGGUCAUGGAUGUCGGAAAUAAAGGUGCAGAAAGGGGGAGGAGGAACUGUUUGGGCUUUAAAGACACCGGAACCGCCGAGGUUUCUGCAAAACCAUUUGCAGCUUCUGCAAACGGCCUCAAAGUCAUCAGCGCCCCACUGCGGAAUUCCAAGCGGAGCCUGUCACAGUCGUUAACACCUUCUUCGACCAGCCUUUUCCCAUUUCACAAUUACUCUCCUCUGCUCCUCGUUCUUGCCGGCCGGAAGGUGCUGCUGCCUUGGAUUUAGGGAGCCCUCCGCGUUCAACCAGCAGCCCCUGGGCGUGCACGAGUCGGACCGACUUCUCCGCUCUCGCCCGCUCUGCAGGAUGCCAGUGCAACUGACAACAGCCUUGCGUGUGGUGGGCACCAGCCUGUUUGCCUUGGCAGUGCUGGGUGGCAUCCUGGCAGCCUAUGUGACAGGCUACCAGUUCAUCCACACAGAGAAGCACUACCUGUCCUUUGGCCUGUACGGCGCUAUCCUGGGCCUGCACCUGCUCAUCCAGAGCCUGUUUGCCUUCCUGGAGCACCGGCGCAUGCGGCAGGCCGGGCGGCCACUGAAGCUGCCCUCGCGGCGGCGCUCUGUGGCGCUCUGCAUCGCCGCCUACCAGGAGGACCCCGACUACUUGCGCAAGUGCCUGCGCUCCGCCCAGCGCAUCGCCUUCCCUGACCUCAAGGUGGUUAUGGUGGUCGAUGGCAACCGCCAGGAAGACGCCUACAUGCUGGACAUCUUCCAUGAGGUGCUGGGUGGCACUGAGCAGGCCGGCUUCUUUGUGUGGCGCAGCAACUUCCAUGAGGCAGGCGAGGGCGAGACCGAGGCCAGCCUGCAGGAAGGCAUGGAGCGAGUGCGGGCUGUGGUGCGGACCAGCACCUUCUCGUGCAUCAUGCAGAAGUGGGGAGGCAAGCGUGAGGUCAUGUACACAGCCUUCAAGGCCCUCGGCGAUUCAGUGGACUACAUCCAGGUAUGUGACUCGGACACGGUGCUGGACCCAGCCUGUACCAUCGAGAUGCUUCGCGUUCUGGAAGAGGAUCCCCAAGUAGGGGGAGUCGGGGGAGAUGUCCAAAUCCUCAACAAGUAUGACUCAUGGAUCUCGUUCCUGAGCAGUGUGCGGUACUGGAUGGCCUUCAACGUGGAGCGGGCCUGCCAGUCCUACUUCGGCUGUGUACAGUGUAUCAGUGGGCCCUUGGGCAUGUACCGCAACAGUCUCCUCCAGCAAUUCCUGGAGGACUGGUACCAUCAGAAGUUCCUAGGCAGCAAGUGCAGCUUCGGGGAUGACAGGCACCUCACCAACCGAGUCCUGAGCCUUGGCUACCGAACUAAGUAUACAGCACGCUCCAAGUGCCUCACUGAGACCCCUACCAAGUACCUACGGUGGCUCAACCAACAGACCCGCUGGAGCAAGUCUUACUUCCGGGAAUGGCUCUACAACUCACUGUGGUUCCAUAAGCACCAUCUCUGGAUGACCUACGAGUCGGUGGUCACAGGUUUCUUCCCCUUCUUCCUCAUCGCCACAGUCAUACAGCUUUUCUACCGUGGCCGCAUCUGGAACAUCCUCCUCUUCCUGCUGACCGUGCAGCUGGUGGGCAUCAUCAAAGCUACCUAUGCCUGCUUCCUUCGGGGCAAUGCAGAGAUGAUCUUCAUGUCCCUCUACUCCCUUCUCUACAUGUCUAGCCUCCUGCCCGCCAAGAUCUUUGCCAUUGCUACCAUCAACAAGUCUGGCUGGGGCACUUCUGGCCGAAAAACCAUUGUGGUGAACUUCAUUGGCCUCAUCCCUGUGUCCAUCUGGGUGGCAGUUCUUUUGGGGGGUCUGGCCUACACGGCUUAUUGCCAGGACCUGUUCAGUGAGACAGAGUUAGCCUUCCUUGUUUCAGGGGCCAUUCUAUAUGGUUGCUACUGGGUGGCCCUCCUCAUGCUGUACCUGGCCAUCAUAGCCCGGAGAUGUGGGAAGAAGCCAGAACAAUAUAGCUUGGCUUUUGCUGAGGUGUGACAUAGCCGCCCUCAAGUAGAGCGGGAAAAGUGCAAUGGGUAAGGGAGGGAAAGGGAUUGGAAGAGAAACGACAGGGUGGGAGGGAAAAGGGAGUGCUGUGUUUAGUUUCCUAAUGGUCCAAAGGACAAAGCUGAAAUGCAAACAACGCUGACUGUGGUAUGGGCCCAGGCAGCUUUGCUUCAAGGAGGCCACACACUCUUCCGGCUCGGGGCAGAGGAGCUAAUGACUUCACGCUGCUUGACUGCUUGCCUAUGUACACAGGUGGCGGCCUCUUGGGGAGAUUCUAUUUCCUCCCCCGGGACCUACUGGGACUCAGGAGUGUGCUAAAAUGAAUGGUAAGUUCCAUUCAGUGGCCACUUCUUUUGGUUUAGUAACAGCCUGUGGUUUGGGGAUCUCCUAGCCCAUCUGAAUACAAGCAGAGGUGCUGGGAGAAUUUCCUGAGAGCUGGGCCAACUGUCUCCUACCCCAACCCCCACUACCAGCCAUCAAUGCAAUAAGACUGUGCCUGAGAUGCAAGGCCCAGAGGCCUGAUCUGUGGGCAUCAGAAAACAGGGUCCAGGAAUGGUGCUUUAUGUGAUACAAUCCACUCCACAUCUUAGCAACCCAGGGAUCAGCCAGACCAGAGGGAGUCUCCAUCAAAAAGCAAGGUUUCACAGAUCUGGUGAUCCUAAAGACCACAGACUACAUGGAGGCCUCGGACUGAAUGUAUUUUACCUGGAAACUGCUGAUACUUCUAGAUGGAUUCUUGGCUUGCCUGUGAUCUCUGCUGGGGACAGACAAUGUUUUAGCCAUCUACCAGAAGAUUCACCCCCCAAUCUGGACAGAAAAGUGAGGUUUUGGCUAUCUGAACCCAUGUCUACUCCUGAAUUCCUCUCAAAUUCAGUUCUGAUCUGAGGCUAACAUAUCCUCCUCACUUUCAUUAAAGGAACAGUUUUGGGGCAUAACGUGCAGCCAAAUCUGCUAUCCUCCUCAUCACACCCAAGGUUUUCAAGCUGCCAACUGGGGCAGAGCCUGGGCUCUUAGGACCAUUGCCAACAGGUAAGCCUGGCCCCAGCACCCAAGGAAGAACUAUUAGGAGCCUCUGGAUCAAAGUGGGUACAGUACUGCGACUUCUUGCACUGAUCCCUUGGCAGCUGGUAAGCACGUGUGACUUUCAGGUUGCUGUUCUUGACAAUCGCCUCUCAUGGAAAGCUGUGUUGCAAAAGUGAAACCUCAAAUCCAACUGGGCAUCUUUGAGGCUGUCCAUUGUCUUCUGUGGCAUCUUCAGGGAGCUCGUACAGUUACUGCUGCACUUGUUUCCGUCCAGAAACCCAAACUAGGAGGCAGCAUGGCUGCUGUCCCUUAAAGGUCUUGCUUUUUCUCUCCCACUUCUCAAGGCCGUUUGAUUUCCUUCCGUUGCUUUUGGGGAGAGGAAGCCAUUAUUCGGUCACUUGCAGUUCACAAGAUGUUCUCCACUUUUGGGUUUGAACCUGGGAUCUUGACUAAGCCUUUGGCUUAGAGGUUUCUUGCACUCUCUCUAAACAUCCAAUUUCAGAGGGAUCGGCUACCUCUCAGAACCAGCACUGGACAGUUGGGGAGCGAGCCUCUAGUGUACCCAGGUGCUUCCUACAAAAGAACAGUGUGCUCUGAGCCACAGAUGGGCAAACCCUGGUGCUUUCCUUCAAAACUCAAGAAUUUUCCGGGUGUAGCCAACAGCUACCACCUUACACAGACUUUGAGCUGCUGAUAAGACUGAUGCCAGGCUCCCUCCAUGGAGGCUGGGAAACAGUAGCAUUUGCUAAACGCAGUUGUUCCAGGCUCUUCCGGGUUUCUGCUGGCCAAGAAGUACACUAUUUUGAGCACUACAACGGAGGAAAUCCGGUCAGCCAACUGCAGAGCUCAGACUUCACCAAGGGCUUGUUUUUCUUCAGCUUGGACUUGAAGGCUAAUGGAGGGCGCUGGACUCUGGAUGGAAACUCCUGGCGUCUUGCUGUCAGCUCUGCCUCGCGCUGUGGUCGUCAGCUUUCUUCAGACCACAGGUAGGCAGGAACAGGUAGUGAGCUCACAACGUUUGACCUCGACUGGUUUUUCUAAGUUAUUUUGUACGUUUUUCAGCAGCAAAACCAAACUGGGUCUUUAGCUUUAUCCCCAUUUCUGGCAAGGGAAGAGCCUUUAUACAACUGGACGCAUUCUUUUUUCCUGAGAAUUUUAACCCUUUUGUAUGAUUUCUACAAUAAUUUGUAAACAUAUUUAUUUUUACCUUUUUUUUUUUUUUUACUUUUCAGGUCAGAUUUUUAUACUGCAAUUACUUGUCAAAAUAAAGAUUCUCACGUAAGGCUGUAUCUGAGUUGCUUCCUCUCUGUACGUAAUAGCUAGCUAGCUGUUCCAGUAGCAGA